AUGAUGUUCAAGUCUCUUGCCGCCUUGUCGGCCCUCUCACUCUUUGCAUCAUCCGCCGUUGCCGUUGAUCCCAGCCUGAAGAAUAAUGUUGCUGUCUACUACGGACAAGGCUACGAUCAACCCCGUCUCCAGCAUUUCUGUGAACAGACUACGGCGGAUAUUAUCAACAUUGGGUUCAUCCAUGAGUUCCCCAAAAAGGUGGGCGACUACCCUGGUUCCAACUUUGCCAAUCAGUGUGAUGGUACCUUUUUCGACGGCACAGGACUACUGAAGGGCUGCCACCAAAUCUGGCAAGAUAUCCCCGGCUGCAAGGCUGCCGGCAAGACAGUCCUGCUGUCGAUCGGUGGUGGUUCUGCCACAGCCCAGUCUCUCCCUGAUGUGGCUACCGCAGAAUGGUUUGCGGAUUUCCUGUGGUACUCCUUCGGUCCUUAUGAUCCGUCAGUCUCUUCCUUGGGUUGGACCGCAAAUAUGAAGGGCAAGCAAUACCCUCGCCCGUUCCUUAAUGUCGCUGUUGAUGGAUUCGAUUUCGAUAUCGAGUACAACGGUGGAGUCGGAUAUGCUGCUAUGAUCAAUCGUCUGCGCCAGCAUUACGCCGCCAGCACCCAGCAGAAGUACUACAUCUCCGGUGCUCCCCAGUGCCCCAUUCCCGAUGCUCAGCUCGGCGAUGCUAUCUCCAAAUCGUGGUUUGAUUUCAUCUGGGUUCAGUGGUACAACACCCAGGGUUGCUCUGCUGCCGACUGGGUCAACAAGACUCCAAAGACCAAAUUCAACUUUGAUGAAUGGGUCGGCGUCAUCGAGAAAAGCGCCAACCCCAAUGCUAAGCUCUUCAUCGGUCUUCCCGCAUCGAAGGCUGCGGCUAACCCUGGAUUCUACCUGACUCCCGCUGAGGUGAAGCCCCUUGUUCAGACUUACGUGAAGAACAAGCACUUCGGCGGUAUCAUGCUCUGGGAGGCCACCGCCGGUGACAACAACCUCAUCGAUGGAUCAACAUACACUGAGCACAUCAAGGAUAUCUUGUACGAUUGCGCUCCUGCUCCUCCCAAGCCCACAACCACUGUCAAGCCUACAACCACUGUCAAGCCCACAACCACUGUCAAGCCCACAACCACUGUCAAGCCUACAACCACCGCCGUCGCCACCACCACGGCCAAAUCCUCGACCACGACUGUAGCCACAACCACUGCUUCCAGCUCGACCGCUGCUUCCAGCUCGACCGCUGCUUCCAGCUCGACCGCUGCUUCCAGCUCGACCGCUGCUUCCAGCUCGACCGCUGCUUCCAGCUCAACCGCUGCUUCUAGCUCAACCGCUGCUUCCAGUUCAACCGCUGCCUCUAGCUCGGUGACUUCUAGCCACUCUGUGACCCCCUCAUCCGGACACCCCAUUCCCCACCCUACCCCUAGCCACAGCCGGAGCUCGCACGGUGGCCAUGGCCAUGGACACCACACCCACACCCACCACCACUCCCACCACCACUCCCACAGUGUCUCAAGGUCCACUCCUCUAGUCUCGGGCUCUUCCAGCACUCCCGUCCCUUCUGCAACUGAGUCUGGCGCCUCCUCCACUGGCGUCUCCUCCACUGGCGCCUCCUCCACUGGCGCCUCUUCCACCGGAGAAGGUGCUAUCCCGACCGGUGUCCCCAGCGAUAAGACAACUACUGGAGGCGCCAAGCCUACUGGUAUUGAGACCACCACUGGAGGUUCCAAGCCUACCGGCGACGAGACUACUGGAGGCUCCAAGCCCACUGGGGGUGAGACUACUACUGGAGGCUCCAAGCCUACUGGUAGCGACACCACCACUGGAGGCGCUAAGCCCACCGGCGGCGAAACUACCGGAGGUUCCAAGCCCACUGGCACUGACUCUACCACAGCCCCUGCUGGUAUCACUGCCAGUCCCUCCGUGCCUGCCUCGUCAUCCUCUUUGGCCCCGGGUACCACCACAACUAUCAUUGUGACCUCCUACAUUGAUAUUUGCCCAACUGGCUUCACCACCAUCACUACCACUAUCACCAAGACCUAUUGCCCUGGUGACGCCACUGCUACUACUACCCCUACUGGCACCGCCGAGAUCACCGCCCCUACUUCUGGCCCUGCUACUUCCACUGUCCCCAUCCCCGAAGGCUGGACUACGACUGUGACUGUCUGCACCGUGUGCGCCGCUACCCCUACUACCGUGACCCUCACCAAGCCGGCUGCCCCUACUACCACCGGGGUGGUGUCGCAGACCACCGCUCCUUCGGUGCCUGAGGGCUUCACCACUACUGUGACCUACUGCAAGCACUGUGGUCCUACCGGUAGCAGCGUCACCCUUGUGAUUCCAGCUCCCUCUGCUACUGCCAUUAUCCCCGGAUCCAGCUCCGCGGUGCCAUCUUCUUCCUUCAAGGCCAUCCCCAGCGGAGGAUUCCACGCUGGCAGACCCUCGUCAAGCCUAGUCUUCCACCCUGUGCCCGCAGCCACCACCACUACCGCCGCCGCAAACGCACCCGCAGAGCCCACCAGCAACCCUGAGGGCGUGUCUCCGGUUUACACCGGUGCCGCCUCGCGGGCCAACGUGGUUGGUCUUGGUGGCGUCCUCGCCGUCGCUCUUUCCAUGUUCAUGAUGCUGUGA